AUUUCGUGAACUGAGGGAGGGAUACAUUUUUAUUUUGUAAAGCUUAAAUUUAAAUUAACUUUAAGCUUUAAAUUAGAGAGUUACAGAAGAAAUAUGUAAAAAAAAGGACUCUUACGUAGAUAAAGGCUUCAUUUUUUAAGUAUUAAGAUGUUAUCGAGACAUUUUCUUGAGAGCAAAACAUUCAAUUUUGCAAGAAUGUGUUUCCUAGUCAAGUGUUUGAAGAGAUUGAAAAGUUCACAACAAUGGUUAAGUCGUCAAAAAGCUGACCCCUACGUGGAAAAAGCUAAAAUCUAUAACUACAGAUGUCGGAGUGCGUUUAAACUAUUGGAAAUGAACGAAAAAACCAAUAUUCUCACACCUGGGCUGACUGUGGUGGAUCUUGGUGCUGCUCCAGGCUCAUGGACCCAAGUUGCUGUACAAAAAACUAAUGCUGACGGUGCUGAACCAACAAAACCAAGAGGGUCUGUGCUGGCUAUUGACAAGUUACAAAUAUUUCCUAUUGAGGGAGCAACUAUCUUGAGCAACAUGGACUUCUCUACAAUAGGUGCUCAUGACAGAGUAGUAGAAUUACUUGGAGGCAAGAAAGUGGAUGUUGUUCUCUCAGAUAUGGCACCCAGUGCUACUGGGGUCAGAGAACUGGACAAAGACAGAAUUAUUGGACUAUGUUAUAUGGCCAUAAGAUUUGCAGCAUUAGUGACAAAAAUUGAUGGCAAUUUGCUCUUUAAAGUCUGGGAUGGAAAGGAAGUUCCUAUAUUAGAAAUGGACUUAGAAAGGUUUUAUAAGAGCAUCAAAAUACUCAAACCAAAAGCAAGCAGAUCUGAGUCAUCCGAAAAAUUUAUUUUAGCAAGAGGUUUCAAAGGGAUACAAAGACCUUUGGAGAGUGGUCGGUGGGGUUAAGUUUGUUGUUUAUGCAUAAUAGACAAAGGUCUUCCAGAAUCUAUACUAAUAAAUAAUUGUGAUUGCAGAUUUUUAUACAGGG